GGGAAAAAGAUGGCGGCCGCCGGCUUCGGUGGCGGCGGCGGCCCCGUGGAGGUGGCGCUGGUGGCGGCGGCCGAGGCCUCGUCCGGAGGCGGCAGCGGGUGCUGCUCCGUGUGGGAAGUGGGCUCCGGAGCGUCGGUGGCCGGCUACCGCGGGGGCUGCUGCGCCGCUCGCGGGCUGGCGCUGCUGGGCGGGGAGCACUUGCUGGGGGCGCAGCUCGGCAAGGCCUGUGUGGGCGCCUGGGAGCUCCAGAGGAAGGAUCAGCUCCAGCAGAAGAUAAUAUGCCCGGGCCUAGUGACUUGCCUGACAGCUGCUCCCAACGGUCUCUACGUCCUGGCAGGUAUCGCCGAAAGCAUCUACCUCUGGGAGGUGUCUAGCGGGAAUCUGCUUGCCAUCCUGAACCGACACUACCAGGACCUCUCCUGCCUGGCCUUCACAGAUGACAGCAGCCACUUCCUGUCGGGCGCCAAGGACAGCCUCGUCAUCGUGUGGAACCUUUACAGUGUGCUGCAGGUUGAGCACGUCCAAAGCCCCGAACCCCGCCACGUGUGGUCGCGGCACAGCCUUCCCAUCACGGACCUCUGCUGCGGCGUCGGCGGCCCUAUGGCACGUGCUGCCACAGCCUCCCUAGACCAAACUGCAAAGCUCUGGGAAAUCUCCUCCGGCGAUCUGCUGCUCUCCGUCGUCUUCGACGUGGGCGUCAUGUCGGUGACCCUCAACCUCACCGAAUAUCACAUGUUCUGUGGUGGCAUGGAUGGGUCCAUCUUCCAAGUGGACCUCUGCUCCUGGCCUGUGCAGAGGGAGAGAGGCUUCCAGCCAGAGCGGGAGAAUGGGAAGAUCUUCAAAGGGCACAGGAACCAGGUGACCUGCCUGUCCAUCUCGACCGACGGAAGCCUGCUGCUGUCCGGUUCGCACGACGAAACCGUUCGUCUUUGGGACAUCCAGAGUAAACAGUGUCUGCGCACCGUGAAUUACAAAGGUCCGAUCACCAACGCGUUCAUCGCCCUGGCCCCCGCCAACAUGCUCAUCCCGGACAGCAAGCCCAGCGUGCCGCUGCCGAAAUUCAGCCGGCACCUCCACAGCAUGGAGAACGCCGACAGCCAGGCCGGCGAGGGGCUCACACUUUGCCUGGGGUUGCAUCAGAAGGGAUCCGGGGAGAGCUACUUGGAGAAAGCAGAGCGCUUGUAUUCACAAAUGUGUUGCACAAAGGAAAAGAAUUUGAUGGGGGACCAUGAGCAGCUGAAAAUCCAGGUGACGGACCUGGAGGAAGAAGUUGCCACCCUGCGAAAGAUCAACAAGAGCCUGUUCGACUUCUCCAGCUGCAUCAUCACCAAGCCCGGCAAAUAGGGCAACUUCGGAAGCCCAGCUUACAGCCGGAGAGGGGAAGAGGCAAGCCAGUACCUGACCCUUGGCCAAUGUGCAUUGUCGAGUCCUCUAUUCUUGGACACAGGUGUGGGUCUUUGCAGAGGUAACUGCGCAGCUGGGACACAGGAGUCUCAUGUCUGCGCAGCUCUGUGAGUCAGCUGUCUGGCAGGGAGGAGAGAAAUGGCCCUUUUUUGUAUCACGGCCUCCCCUCUCUGUCGCCCUGGUAACUUUGGACUCUUAACAAACAGUUUACUGCAUCCCAAACAGCAGGUGGAUCUUGAGUUGGCUUGAGAAACGCUGAAACCGCAGCACCCAAAUGUGUGGGGUCCAACUGAACUGCAUAGCUGAGCGAAGAAUCCAUUUCUGCACGACGAAGACGGUUCUUACGUUUUCCCUGUUGUGUGUGUGGUGGUGGUGGUGGUGUCUGUCAAGUGCUGAGAGAAUCUUCUGUAGAGUCAUUCUACGUGUUACGUAGUCCUAUAUCUCAACACCUCCCCUCAUAUUAAAAGGGGGGGG